ACAAGAACCGGUUAGGGAACGCGUCAAGAGACGGGAAUAGGAAGAUCGAGGCGCGUGGACGAUACGCCCCGAGGACCAUGGGCACAAGGAUAAACACACGCCUAUUUUGUUCCCUCGCGUGCCGCAUGCAAGCGCGGGGGCGCCGUGAGACUUCAGGUAAGGAGAAAAGAGCCUCCGUUGCGGUACAGGUAUAAUUGUAGGAAUGGCACGCACGAAUUCCCGUGCGUGUGCGGUGAGUGUUGGAAGUGGGUUUUGUACUGUAGUCGACUCCAGUGUGAACCGUGGCCACAGAACGGGGACAUCCCGCAUUUUACAUGGCCAGCGUCGGUGCCCUACUCUCCUGAUCCUGUAUCGCGAUCCUCGGGGGGCAUGUGAGAGCCUCCUUAGCCCCGUCCCGGGACCCAUCGACGUCUUCAAUUUAUAUAUCAAAAACAGCGCGGUCGGCUUUCGCAUAGGGACAUCGGAGGUCCCGGGACGACUAAGGUACAGGCGUGGCCGAAAUAUGCCUGUCCCGCGUGGAGGAAACUUUCGGACUUCUGGCGAUGGCAGCGGCGCGGUCCGCAUGAUGAGGCCGAUCCUAAAGGCAAGUCGAUGAGUCAAUGAUGCGACGGAGCGUCGGAGGCUAACGCAAGAAGAACUAACCGAGACGAGAAUUUAAGAGGGAGUCGUUUGGGAGGCGGAAAAUCCCUGGGAGGAUGAGACUCGAAUCUCGAGGGACACGCGGGAAAGGCGAAAGUCCACGCCAACGACGGCGUGCGAGCAGAAGGAGCACGAGCACGGACGAGUGUCGGGCAGGGCACGAAGGAUAGCGACCAGAGGGCGAGGACACCGGCACGAAUGGGAUGCAUCGUAUCAAUGACACGGUCGGACAUGGCACUCUCCUUACAAGCACCCGUGGACGCGGACGUCCUCGCUUAAGGGGAGGGCCGUGUGGUAUAACCCCCCCCUGGGGCCUUAUUUUAGAUUAGAUCAACUCAGAAUCGGAUCAGUUACUGUAGGGCUCGAUGCUCUACAGUACCACCACGUGUACCCCCAGGCACAGGGGGCGCACGUGUACACGUGUACGCGCGGAACGGAAGAGCGCACACACACGUGUACUGUCAGCCACGACCUGACAUCUGCUUCAAGCUAGCCAGAUACUGUAGAUCCGUGCCACGCGAAUCCUCUCACCGAUAUUGUCGAGUCGUCUGAGCGAUCCGCACGUUCAUGAGUCAACCUGGUUUACCGCGACUCCAAUAUCCCAAUCUUGGUAAGUUUGAAUGCGUGCGCAUGGGAAGAUUACAUGUUGGAAUUGCAAUGAAUUCACAAGAAUGAAACCAAGAUCCGUGUAUGAACAGUGUACUCCUAAAGUAGCGUUCGUCCAUUUUGCUGGGAUCCAUGCUGACGUGAUGGCCUGCUACUUUCCCGCAGGCGUCAACUGAAAUUCCUCCAAACUCAGGAAAAAAUGCACGAAUACCACCACCCCACCCACCUAAGUGUAUAUAUGACGCCUUUCAGUUCAAAACAUCUUGAAUUUUCCCAUUACCGUAAGAUCCAUCUAUAGCAGUGAGCACGCAAACCCCCCGACCCAAGCCGCGUCACUGAACCAUGCCCCCUCCCACUCCUACUCUUGGCGCACGAUCGUCGCAGAAUCCCCCUUCUCCGACUCGCUCUUUCUCCCCUCUUUCGUCCCCCUUGCUCUCCCAACCGCCGCUUUCCCUGUCUCCGACAAGCCGACCUGGAGACCUUCAUCUUCUCCCGUGCACUGUCGAUCAAUACUUUGACCUCCCGAACGCCGCGGACAACAAGUACGAGUUGGUUGAAGGAAUUCUUUGGUGGAAGAGCGAGAUGGCAACACAUAGCCAUGACGAAAUUCGCAAUCGCGUUGCUGCCGAAAUAGGUCGAUUCCAUAUCGCCGAGAAUCUGGUUGUCAGCACAGAAAUGGGCUUGGAAACGUCCGGCUUAACUACGCCUUCCGGCUCAUCACACAAUGCCUCAGAAAAAUCUUUACGGUCCAUUCGCCGCCCGGAUGUCAUUGUCAGUCAACGGGAUCACGGACUCCGCAGAUGUGAUCUUUCUCCUCAAUCGAAGAAGAUAUCUUUCCCGAGAAAUCACCCCCCUCUUCUUGCACUGGAAGUGACAAGCCCGUCCACGCGCAGUGCAGAUCUGACGAGUAAGCGGGAAGAGUACGCAAAAGCGGGGGUGCGUCAGUACGUGAUUAUUGAUCGCGCGACGGCGACCCCAGCCGUGAUUGUGGGAACUUUGAACAGCAACGGAAAGUAUGUGCAAGAGACAUAUCGUGGGGAAGAGAUUGUCCGUGGGGGAUUGCUGGACGGAAUGAGCUUUUCUGCAAGCUACUAUCUCAACCCUCCGCGAGACGUCCACACGAUCCAGAACUCUCCGAUCAAAGAGAAAGAUCGACAACUCAAAGAGAAAGAUCGACAACUCAAAGAGAAAGAUCGACAACUCAAGGAAAAAGAGCAAGGAAAUGAAGAAUUGCAUAGACAACUCAAUAAACACCGCGCAAUGUCGAAGAGGCGCAAAACAGAGCUGGAAGCGCUUGGAAUUUCGGUGACGGAAAGCAGUGAAAGCCCCACCGCCUCACCAAAUAGGAGAAGCGCUUCGUCUUCCAAGAGGAAGAGGAAUUGA